GCUUCAGCCUUUUGUUUCUUGGAAUUAGUGUUGCACUGACAGUUAACCCUUAAAGGUGUAGGUUUUUGAACAUUCUAAGUUCCGCAACAAUUGAAGGUUCUAACAUUCUAUGUUGAAUUCAAUGAACCCAGAUAUUCUUUAGAACGUUCAUUUCUCAACAUUCCCUGACGGUACUCCUUUAUUAAGGGAGGAAGAGGGAGGGGUUCUUUCUUUGGAUUUGUGUUGGUGCUGUUUAUUUCGGGGGCCUGCAAGUGACAGCACUGCUGAUUCUCCACAUGUGUCCCUAGAGGUCACACAAAGGUCACAGCAACCCUCAGCGGCUGGAUGCUGAACCAGAACAGGCAGCUCCAGGCGACAUCGCCCGCAGACGAAGGAAAGGCUGAGCGAGAUUCAUAAAGUAGGACUUGAUAGCAUCCGAAGCAGCAGACAAGCAGGACAGUACAAAGAGGAGAUAAAGUGCAAAUCAAGCAAGUCUAGCAGUCUCUGCAGACUGUCACUGAAUAUAUUCACUGUGUGUUUUACACCUGUAGCCUUCUUGGAGAGUGUGGUGCUUUUUUUGUAAAAAAAAAAAGAAGUCCUCUGUCAUUGUCUCGCACCUGUUCCUUCCUCUCUUGUCUCGGCGGAGUGCUCCACCACGCUCACUCGGAAACCAGAGGUCAUGGGCGUCCCUUGGGGGUCGGGCUGAGAACAUUUUUGGGGACGCCUCGGCUCUGACCGUUCUUGUUUCUUCUGUGUGCUGCUCCAUCAAGGGGAGGGGUGGGGGAUAGACCUGGUGCCCCCCUGCCCCUCCUGAACCAUUCUUAUUCUGACUGGACGAGGGCCUCCAUCCUCGCCUGCGCUGGCCCAGCCGUCCCCUCGGUCGCCCGUCCCCAGCGGCUUCGCCACCCUGAUGAAGUCCUGCCAGGCGGCAAAGGAAGCGGCGCCUGGAGACGCGAUGUCCCAAGAGGAGGCGUCCAGGACACACGGCUCCCAGCCCUACUACCACCCCACCGCUGCCGACGGCAACCUAGCAGGCAAGCUGUACAAGCGCGAGGGCGGGGGCAAGCCCUACUCCGUGCUGGUGGACAACAAAAUGGCCGCCAAGCCGCCAGGCGGGGAGCCGGUGGCCGCCGCCAACAUGGGCACCAACCCCUCCCAGCAGUUCUUCAGGGAGGGGGGCAAGGAGGCAGCACCAGGCGGGCAAAGCCAGAACGGGGGCUCAUCAGAGGAGGAGGACGAGGAGGAGGAAGAGGAAGGCGAGGAGGAGGAGCAAUUUAAACGGGAGCAGAUCAUCGUGGAGGUGAACCUGAACAACCAGACACUCAACGUGUCCAAAGGGGACAAGAGUGGUGGCUCUGGCACUGCCAACACCACAGAGGAGGGCAAGAUGGGAAGUGAGGAAGAGGAGGAGGAUGAAGAAGAAGAAGAGGAGGAGGAGGCUGAAGAGGAGGAGGAAGAGGAGAGUCCAGAAGAAGAAGAAGAAGAAGAUGAGGAGGAGGAAGAAGAUGAUGAGGAAGACGAAGAGGAGAACAUGAACCGGACAAGGAGGGCGAAGCGAGCGAGGAGAGGCAUGACCCCGGUGCAGCCACGCCGGAAGAGCCAACGCGUCUCGGCCGCUGCUGCCGCCACUGUCAGCCCCACCGCAACCACAGGCAUGACCACCAGGGGGCGCCGGAAGAAUACUGAGGCACCUCCGCGGAAGCGUAGGCCCGCCCGCGAGUCCAAGGGCUCGGCCGCCGGCUCCGCCGUGAGCACGACGGCCGGCUCGCGGGGGGGUGAGGUCAAGGCGGAGGUGGGCGAGGAGCGGGAGACGCUGGCGUGCGAAAAGUGCCCGCGAGUGUUCAACACGCGCUGGUACCUGGAGAAGCACAUGAACGUCACGCACCGCCGCAUGCAGAUCUGCGACAAGUGCGGCAAGAAGUUUGUACUGGAGAGUGAGCUGGCUCUUCACCAGCAGACCGACUGUGAGAAGAACAUCCAGUGUGUGUCAUGUAAUAAAUCAUUUAAGAAGCUAUGGUCCCUUCACGAGCACAUAAAGAUUGUCCAUGGCUACGCUGAGAAAAAGUUUGCAUGUGAAAUCUGUGAAAAGAAGUUCUACACCAUGGCUCAUGUGCGCAAACACAUGGUCGCGCACACUAAGGAUAUGCCGUUUACAUGUGAAACGUGUGGGAAGUCCUUCAAGCGGAGCAUGUCCCUAAAGGUGCAUUCACUGCAGCACUCAGGAGAAAAACCCUUCCGCUGUGAGAACUGUGACGAGCGCUUCCAGUACAAGUACCAGCUGCGCUCCCACAUGAGCAUCCACAUCGGACACAAGCAGUUCAUGUGCCAGUGGUGCGGCAAGGACUUCAACAUGAAGCAGUACUUCGACGAGCACAUGAAGACUCACACAGGAGAGAAGCCGUUCAUCUGCGAGAUCUGCGGCAAGAGCUUCACCAGCCGGCCCAACAUGAAGCGGCACCGGCGCACGCACACGGGGGAGAAGCCGUACCCCUGCGAGGUGUGCGGCCAGCGCUUCCGCUUCUCCAACAUGCUCAAGGCGCACAAGGAGAAGUGCUUCCGGGUCACCAGCCCCGUGACCCUCCAGCCCGCCGCCGCCGCCGCCCUGGCCAUGCCCCUGCACCUGGCGCCCGGUCCUGCCCCAGUCUCGUCUCCGCCCGGCAUGCCCCCGGGCCAGGUGCCCCCGGCGGGGGUGAGUCCGGUGGUCAGUGUGGCCUCCCUGGGCAUGAUGGGCGCGGCAGCCGGGUCACUCCAGCAGCGGGGCGGAGGUGGGCACAGCUUCUCACACCUCCACCUGGUGCCUGGACAGGUGCCUGUCUCCACCCAGCAGCAGCAGCAGCAGCACCACCACCACCACCCGCAGCAGCAGCAGGUCCAGGUGCACGGCGGCCAUGCCCAGCAUGCUCUGCCGAUCCCACCACCUCCGGUCAGCCUGCUGUCCCCGCCCCCCGCCCUGUUCAAGAGUGAGCCAAUCAACCACUGCGGCCAGGAGGAUAGCUACCUGCGCCACCUGACCCAGCCCGACAAGGGCACGGGACCUGGCCAGCAACACCACUGAGCCCUGACUCUCCCUCUCUCUCACACACACACACACACACACACACACACACCCCGGCUACACACAACCACUCACCUCCUGUAAAAAACACACCUCCUGAACCUAUGCACCAUCCUUUUUUGGAGAGAAAUGAAAUGGUGACAGAAAUGAAAUAGAGACUGAAAAUGGAGCUUUCACACAUACAUAUACACACACAUACUCACAUACACAAAUACAUACACACACACAUACUCACAUACACACACACAUACUCAUAUACAUACUCACAUACAUACUGUACUCACAUACA